AUGCAGCGUACAAGUUACAUCCCUGUAUAUUACUGUGUGAGGAAUCUUAAUGCAGGAUGUGACAAGGAGGUAAUGAGACGGAUAAUGCUUGAGCAUGAAGCCACAUUUAGACUUCAGGUCCAGGAACUUCAUCGUCUAUACAAAAGGCAAAAGGAGUUGAUGGUCAAAAUACGGGAGAGAGAAUUCUCCACGCAACAUGUACAACUGCAUACAUCAGAAUCAUGUCCGUAUUUGUGUCAGGUACAAUCUGACACUACUCAUCGGGUUUCACAUACGCCCAGCUGGCUAUUUGGAAAUUCUUCAGAUUGUAAGUUGUAUUCACUAGCUGAGGACAGCUUUCGAGAACCUCCUCCUUUAGUUGCAGAAAAGAGUGUAAAAGGAGGAGCUGGACCUUCCCUAACAAAAAACAGUUCUACCGAACUGGAAAUUCUGUCAUCCCAAAAUAGAAGAUAUGGAAAGACAAUUUUUGAUCUUGAACUUCCAGCUGACUUGUACAAUGAUACUAAAGAAAGGGAACAGUUUGAAGAGGGAAAUACUAAUGAAGCACCUGACAUUCUGUAUAGUAGUUUCAAGAAAUUUUCAGACAUUCAACUUAAAAGUGACUCAAAACUUGACCCUGUUAAGCCUGCAUAUUCGUCUAGUUCUAAUUUAAGUUGCACUAAAAUUAAAUGUUUGAUUGACUUGAAUGAACCUGUACAGCUUGAAUCACUGAGUUCAAGUUCCACUGGUCCUUUUGAAACUGAUUACGGCCACAAUGAGAUUGGGCAUCAGAAUCAGGAUGUGAAUUGUGAUAAGGGCUCAAGUCGUUCUAAUUAUUCAGGGCUUAUUGAUCUAAAUUUUACGCCUCUCAGUUUAUCAGAGAUGACAAUUACCCUGGAAAAUACCAGGAAUAUAAAAGAGGAAAUUAAACUUGAAAAUUCCGAUGGAAGAGCAAAAUCCUAUACUAGGAUUGUUGAUAAAUUCUCGACAUCUAACACUGACAUUGACUUAAACAGUGGUGUAACUGGGGAUGAGCCUUCACUAACAGUGCCAAAUCGAGAUGGUGGAAAUGAUGUUGAGAUUGACUUGGAGUGUUCUUCACAGAGAGAAAAAUCUGAGAGAAGUAAACUUGAGACACCUUCCUUUCUGCCUGACCGAGAUGGAGAACCACUCAAGGAACUUGAUAGGAUUGCUGCUGGGACUUUGAUUAUAAUUUCAUCAUCUGAAGUGCGACUGCAUUUGAAGUCUGGAAGUGGUGAACCACUCGACAACUCUAACGACCAUCUGUAUUGGUUUGCUGGGAUUGUUUCUUCCAUGGGAGGGGAAGUGCUGCAUGAGGUUGAGAAACACGAGAAAGAUGCUACUUACUAUGAUCAAACUGAUGUUUCACAUGAUGAGAUUGAUGAUUUCGAGUCAAUGGCAUUGAAGCCUCACCAUGGAUAUGGUAAUUAUUUUUGUCAAGACAUCCGGAAAGAGAAAGAAACAGUUGAUACUACAUUGUCCAGUCAACCAAGCAGGGGAAGAUUGCGGGGAACAAGGCAGUGCAAGGACUUUCAAGUAGAAGAAGACCUUCAAAUGGAUGAAGGAUUUCUCAAAACAGGUUCCCGGAGGAGAAAUGCAGUUAGGAAGACUUCUGCAAAACUAAGGAAAUAUUCUAAUUUACGGCCUUCUAAUCGUGUGAAGAAAUCAGUGAGCUCCAUUUUGAAACAGCCUGAUACUUGCAGUAAACAGGCCUUUUUGGAGAACUUCACAGGGUGGGGGAAGAUGAAGAAACGUCGAGGAGGUCGAGCUAGAAAAACCCAUCACUAA